ACAGAAAUCAAAGUAAACCUGCUAUAUUUUCGUCAGGGAAAUGGAAGUAAUUUAUAUCAAACGUUGUUAACAAAUUGUAUAUCUGUGUGGGCCACAGCCAACACUCCAAGUCGGCGUUCAUAUUCGGUUUUAGAGGGGCUGGCAACGGCCAUCGCCGCAGCCGCAGCUGCAGCCGCAACUGUUGUCCUGGGAUACACAAAAGGAUUUGCAGACGCCCAGGAGUAAAUACGCCAGCAUAACGCGAUAGGCGGAAACGAAACAAAACUGCACAGCGGCAGUUGAAAUUGAUUGAAAGAACAACAAAAACGGAAAGGUGGGUGAGCAUCCAAGAAGGAGGAGAAGAAGGCAUCCAAGAAGGAGGAGAAGGCAUCCUGGCAGGAGAAAUCCUGAGAAAUCAAGGCAAACGUUUGAUGUGCAGCCGCGCGAAGACGUCGACGUGGCAGCCAAACAACCAAAAGAGAGCAAGCAAAGGACCCCAGAUCUGAAUCCCACUCCACCCAAUCGGAAACCCACUCCACCAGCCACUACCCACUUUGAAGGACCUAUUCAAAUAAGCGGAUACCACCAUGUCGCAAACCCAAUUCGAUUCCGCCUCGGAGAGUGUAGAUGGCCCGCCCGAAACCUUCAGCAACGAUGAGCCUCGCGUUGUCUGGCUGAAGACGAUUAUUUCCAACCUGCUGGGAGUGUUUGAACCCAAGUAUGUGAAUGCCACGAUGAACGCAAAUAUGCCCGCCGUGGACGCUUUCUUCCAGCGACGCUACGAAACGCAAGACGAUCUGGACUUCGUGGUCUUGUUCGUGUGGCGCACCUUCUACGACAAGCUUAUUGAGGAGGAGAUAACGGUGCUGGAGGAGGUACCACGCCCACCGCCCACAGUGCCCGAUAAGAAGGGCAAGGGCAAAAAGAAGGGCGAUGCUCGGAUGGCGGGCGGCAAGUCCGCCGGCAAAGCUGGUGCAGCCGCAGGAGCAGCCGGGAAAGGACGCAAAAAGGCAGGACAGGAUCAGGCAGCUCCAGCCGCUGGUGGAGAUCAAGAGCACGCCGAGGAGGUCAACACUGGUGGGGAAACCACCGAUGCCGAGGUGGAGGGUGAAUUGGAGGGCGAGGAGGAGGCCACAGUCGCUGGGAGCGGAAAGAGCUCAGCGCGAUCCCGCCGAUCCAAGAAAAAGAAGAAGCCCAGCUAUGUCCCCGUCUACGUGGAAGUGAAGAAACUGGUGCCAGCGUACGUAAAGACCCCACAAAUACACUGCCACUUCGGGAAGAUGGAGUCCGAAGACCUGGACCCGAAAAUAAAAUACAUAUAUAUUCUUCGGAAAAACAGGAGGGAGAUACCAUGGUUCGAUGAGAUACCGACUUGCUUCGCACAAAUGCCGCUGUACUUCCUGAUUGGAACUGUCCGUGGGUCACUCAUCAACUCGCUUCGCGAUGACUUUAACUUGGUUUACAAGAGCGCCAUUCAAUUUCAAUUUCGCGAACCGGCCACAGCGGAUAGCCAGCAAAUGGACAGUUAUGAAGGGCAGCAGGCUGGAGGUUCCAGAGAAGGAGGAGGAGGCGGCGACGCCGGCGAGGAUAUAUCCAGCGAGGCCAAGGAAUCGGGGCCGGGUCUAUUGGAGCUAUCCAAACCAUCGGAAUUUCGUUUGAGAGCGCUUAAACAACAAAAGAAGAAGAAGGAACAGGAGGCAGCGGCCAAAAAGGCGAAGGCCAAGAAACCGGGCACGGAAGCCACGGAGGAAGAUGAAGAAAGCGACGCCCACAAAAUCGAGGCCCACGUAUCUUCCUCCGACGAAGAAGUGGAAGUUAAGGUCGAAAAGCUUACGAUUGCUCAGCGUUGGGAGAAGAUGCUCAGUGAGACGAAGGCCAAAGUGGAGGCGGAGCAUGCUGCAGAGGAGGCCACGCCCCCGCGAAUCACUCCCAUUCAGAGGCGUCUGCUCAAGGAAAUCGAGGAGUUCCAGGGUGAAAUCACAUGGACCAUCAACCACAUAGUCUGGGCCUUUAGCCUGCCAUCCUCGUACAUUCUUCCUGGUCAGGAGGAGACCGAGUUCGAGGACGCCAUCAUCCGGGUGCCCGUCGACCCAAAAAGACUGGACCUGGUGAUCACCUACACGCAACAGCAGCUGGAGGAAGUGGUCGAUGGUUGGAUUAAGUACUUGAAGAAGACGAUGAAGUCGCUAACGGCUGCCAAACUGGAUGACUUUACGCCGAUGGCUGAGCAUCGCUAUUGGCACAAGAUGGAGGUGGAGCUUUAUGGCACUUUGGAGCAGUUAAAAACUGAAUUCGUGGUGGCCGUUCUGCAACGACUGGCUGAUGAUAAGUCCCCGGUUUUGGCCGAGUGGCAACAAGUUUUGGAGAGAACCGAAGCUCGCUUCAAAUUGGCCAAGGAGAACUCAGACUAUUUGGGUACCAUUACAGACUAUUUGGAGAAAGUGCGCAGCUAUGAGAGCUUCAAGAUGGUGGUGCUCCAGAUCCCCAACAUAAUGGUUGGACUGCGCCACAUCUGGACCAUGUCCAGCCACUUUUGCCGUGAUCCCGAGAUGCAGGUCCUGCUCUGCCAGAUCUCGAAUGUGUUCGUCCAGAAGGUGAAGAGCAUCAUCAACUUCGAGAACAUAUUCAAGUUCUCUGCGACCUACACCUACGAGACGGCCACAAACUGCGCCAACCUGCUGCGCUGCUGGAAGCAGGCCUACAAGCUCAGUCGCCAGCACAUCGAGGAUUCCGGAGCCGGAUCCCGCUGGGAAUUCGACAGUGUGGCGCUCUUCAACGAGGUCAACCACAUCCAUCGCGUGGCAGUGGACAUUGCCUAUGUGGGACGAGUGUUUGUCCAGUACGAGAAUCUAUUUGGGCAUCGGCUAAAGGCUUGCAUUGCGGAUCCCUCAAUUGUGGACAACCUGAUGCGCAAGGUGUAUCGCAUGCUUGACGAUCUGAUCAAGAGCGUGGACUACGACAUGUUCAGGCCAGGAAAUUGGGAGAACUGGGAGUACUCGCUUGAGAUGUUCAACAAGCGACUGGACAACGUGGAGAACGAGGCCAAGAACGUCAUCGACCAGAGCAUCAACUCGCUGCUGUCCUCUGAGAAGGGUCUGGAUCUGGUCAUCAAUGCCAUGAACAUCGACACGAGAGCUGGUCUCCAGGAGUUUGUGUCCACCAAACAUGAGAACCUCCUGCGCUUCUUUGUGACCGAGAUCAAUGCUGUAGAACGGGUUUUCACGAAAUUGAAAAAAUCUCCACCCAUGGCCAAGCACCAACCGGCCAAAAUAAGUGCCAUAUUCUGGGCCCGCUUGCUUGGCAAGAAGCUCAAGACCUCCGUACUGGCGUUCAAGAAGGUGGAGGAUGAGCCGGCUAUCCAAAACAGCUUCCUGAAGCGUAGCUCUUUUAAGCAGUACUUCGAGCUGAUGACCGUAAUGUUCCAGUUUGAAAAGGUGCUCUUUGAGAACUUUAUACAGAACGCCACGUACUUGGUAAACACCACGAACCGUUCGAACGUGCUGAGCAUUCGCAUUUGCAGGGACACUACAAUGUCCUAUAUAUCGGAUGCCGUCCAAACCCUAAAAGCAAAGCCGCGGGAACUGCAGAUGGGUAGUUCGAGGCGCGUUACGCCCGUGAAAUCGAGUCUUAUGCCCGUGCAAUCGGAAGCUUUUAGUGCAUACAGUCUCGCCGAGUCGGGAACGGAUCUGAGUUCCUCCUCGGAAGAUGAAGCCUUGGUGGUGGGCGAUACAUCCCAAAAGAGGCUAAUGUGUCGCAUAAACCGGUUGACCGUGCUGGUGGCCAUGAUUAUGUGGAUGGUCAGUAAUACGCGAAAAGCCAAUGUUCAACUGCAGGAGUGCACGGCCUUUAUAAGAAUGGUCAAGGAAAAGAAGCCUAAAGAUGUUACGGCUAUGGAUAAGCACUGUGUAAGGACAUGCGAAUUACUCCAGCGGGCCGAGUCCCAAUAUCUCCUACCCAUUUGGCGCGAACUAGUGGAGGACAAAACCCUUAUCGAGUAUGACAUGGACUUUGUGGUCAAUUUAAAAAGGGACGUCUUCGAUGUCCUAUUUGAGGCUCAGCAGUUCGAGCACUUGGGCUUUACGCUACCCGCUGUUCUCCGCACUGCUAUAAUGAAGAAAGAUCUACUUUUUAAGGACUACGAAAGGAUGACAGAGGUGAUCGCGAAGUACCGGGCAAUCAUCAACAACCUCUCUAUGUCCGAGGUGAUCUUCCUGCGGGGUCACAUCUACGACACCGAACUGUUUAUUCAAAUGGGAGUGGGCCGAUACACUUGGACCUCUUUUAACAUUGGAAAAUUCUGUGAUCAAAUCAACUCCCAGCUGCGCAAGCUUACCUCUAUAGUGUCCCAAAUCAAUUUCAUCCGCCUGGACUUGCGCUCUCGCAUCGAAAUGAUAAAGAAUUUCAAUUUGUUCAACCUUGAUGACGAACUCAAGACUGAGAGAAGAUCUACGUCCUCUGACAGUAAGCGAUCGUCAGGCGCGCAGGAUCCAAAGAAGUUUUCCCAAAAGUUCAGAUCGGUCACUGGCGAAACUGUGACCAUGUUUACAAUCGAAAAAGACGUGCCCGCGGAAGAGAAAGCGGAACAAAUCUGCGGCUCCGGUAUAUAUCCGUGCCAGGGCUAUUUUGAACUUCUGGAGGCAUCACGCAAUCGAAAGGCGGCGCAGAUGAAGAAGCUUUAUGAUUCCCUAGGUCCAGUUCUCGUUAAGUUGGAGAGCUUAGUACUGGGCACUUUUUCAGGCAGAUCGGACCGGAUGAAGACAUACUACGAGUACUGGGAAGAGGAGACAUUCAAGUGUAUUGUUGACAUGACAUAUCAGAAUCUGAAGUGCUAUAUCAACCGCCUACUCUCGAAUAAGCCCAUGUUUGAGGUCAACGCAGUGCUCCUAAUGUCAGAGAUUGUUCUGGAGCCUUCAGUACAGGAGCUGCAAAACACCAUUGUGAUCGCCACAAAGGACUAUAUCUCGAGGUUGAGAAUCUUUACGCGCUGGAUGACCGGCACUUGCAUCGCCUGUCCUCUGGUAGAAAUGGGUAAACAGUUCAAGUACAACUACACCUACUAUGAGGACAUUAUCCAGAUCAGAUCCAUUGUGGAUUUGGUCAUAAACAUUCACGAUUUGGCUGUAAGAGUUGCCAACGAAGCCAGAGGAUUUGUAUCUCAAUUCCGCAAGUACUUCAAUCUGUGGGCCUUUGAAAAGGGCUUCAUUUGCCAGAAAUUCUUGGAGAAGCAGGUGACGCUCAUCGAAAUCGAUGAGAAAUUUACAUUUUACUCGUCCAUUGUGGAAACGCUGGCCAACACCCGCAAGUACCAGGACAUAAAGUGUGUGCGCAUAAAUUUGCAGCCCUUGCUGGAGAGCAUAACGCAACAUGCCAAGGAUUGGUGCACCACACUGGGCGAGGAGCUGUUGCGCCAUGUCAACGACAACAUGAGGGCAAUGCGUAACGAAAUCAAAACCCUCAGCCUGAAUCUCAACAAGACGACACGCGAGCUGGAGGACUUCAAGUUGGUCAUGACCACCAUUGCUACGGUGCAGUCGACGACGCUGUCUAACGAGCAGAAAAUACACGAAAUGCAAGAGACCUUCACCAUUCUCAGUGAGCAUAAAAUAAUGUUCCCCUACGAGGACAUGCUGAUGGCCCACCACCUGGAGAAGCGCUGGAAAAGGCUGUUCCUAUCGGCCCUGUAUCGCUACGAGAAGCUGCAACCAAUUAAGCAGAAAUUCGCCGACAUGACUUCCGUCGAAAUCGAUGAGUUCUGCGAUGAUUUGGCCGACUUUAUCAAGGAUUACGAUGAGAACGGACCCGGUUCUGUGGGUCCCGAACUGGAACGAGGCGUGCGCCUAAUGGAUCCCUAUGGCCAGAAAAUUGCCGAGCGAGAGUUACGACGCGAGGAGUUGGCCAAUGCAGAGCGGCUCUUCGACAUGGCCAUGGUCGAUUACCACGAGUUUGCGCGGGUCCAAACUGAGUUCGAGGGAUUGCAGCAGCUGUAUAGACUUUACAAGGCGCAGAAGUUCGCUCGCGAGGGCUGGGGCAAGACCUUGUGGGCCGAUCUGGAUCCCAACGUGCUGACUGAGGGCGUUGAGAGCUAUCUGAAGGAGUUCCGGAAAUUGACCAAGGCGGUGCGCACCCUGCCAGUUGGCGUGCAGCUGGAGAUUCACAUGAAACAGUUCAAGGGCACAGUACCGCUGAUGGUUAGCCUCAAACAUGAGGCGCUCAGGGAACGCCAUUGGCUGCAGUUGAUGGAUAAGACGGGCCAAUAUUUUGACAUGUCGCCGGCUCGUUUCACCCUUGAGAACAUGUUCGCCAUGCAGCUGCACAAGUACCAGGAAAUAGCGGAGCAGAUCCUCACCAAUGCCAUCAAGGAGUUGCAGAUCGAGCGAGGUGUCCAGGCGGUCAUUGAGACCUGGGCGUCGAUGGCCUUCAAGACCUUCAAGCACUACAAGGGCUCCGAUGACCGCGGUUGGGUGCUCGGACCAGUGGAUGAGAUCAUGCAGAUACUCGAGGACAAUGCGAUGAACCUACAGUCCAUGGGAGCCAGUCAGUUUAUUGGCCCCUUCCUGGAGACGGUGAACAAGUGGGAGCGCACCCUGGCCCUCAUCUCGGAGAUCAUCGACGAGUGGCUGGUGGUGCAGCGCAAGUGGCUCUACCUGGAGGGGAUUUUCAUAGGCGGCGAUAUUCGCACCCAGUUGCCGGAGGAGGCGCGGAAAUUCGAUGACAUUGACAAGUCGUACCGCAGGAUCAUGGUCGAUUGUGCCAAAAAUCCGUUAGUGGUGCCAUUCUGUACAGUACCCGGUCGCUUAGUGGAAAUACAGGGCCUGGGCAUUGGCUUGGAAAAUUGUCAGAAGUCGUUAAACGAAUAUUUGGACUCGAAGCGUCGCAUUUUUCCGCGUUUCUAUUUCAUAUCCACCGAUGAGCUGCUCUCCAUCCUGGGCAGCAGUGAGCCAUCUGCAGUUCAGAACCACAUCAUUAAGAUGUACGACAAUAUCAAGUCGCUGCGUUUGGUCAAGGAGGGCAGCCAGACGAUUGUUACCGCCAUGAUUUCCAGCGAGGGCGAGGUCAUGGAGUUCCGGCAUUCUGCCCGGGCAGCGGGACGCGUGGAGUACUGGAUGAACGAUGUGCUGGAUGAAAUGCGCCGCUCCAAUCGCUUCAUAAACAAGACGGCCAUCUACGACUUUGGCACAGAUCUGCAAAUUUCAAGGCCCGACUGGCUAAUGAACUACCAGGGAAUGGUGGGCCUGGCUGCGAGUCAAGUCUGGUGGACGGCCGAGGUGGAGGAGGCCUUCGACCAGGCCCAGAACCACGGCAACAUGCGCGCCAUGAAGGACUUUCUGGGCAAGAACAACUACCAGAUCGAGGAGCUGGUCCUCAAGGUGCGGUCCAAUCUUUCCCGCAACGAUCGACUGAAGUUCAAGGCUCAGUGCACCGUGGACGUCCAUGCGCGGGACAUCAUUGAUAACUUUGUGCGAGACAAUGUCCUGGAUGCCAGCGAAUUCAGCUGGGAGAGCCAGCUGCGUUUCUACUGGGUCAAGUUCUACGACAACCUGCAUGUCCUCCAGUGCUCUGGUAGCUUUGACUUUGGCUACGAGUACAUGGGUCUCAAUGGUCGCCUGGUCAUUACUCCCCUCACGGAUCGUAUUUACCUGACCAUCACCCAAGCGCUGCUCAUGAAUCUUGGAGGAGCUCCUGCAGGUCCAGCUGGAACUGGCAAGACUGAGACUGUCAAGGAUCUGGCCAAGGCCAUGGGGCUUCUCUGUGUGGUCACUAACUGCGGCGAGGGAAUGGACUACCGGGCAGUGGGCACCAUACUCUCUGGCUUGGUUCAGUGCGGAGCUUGGGGAUGCUUCGAUGAGUUCAACCGGAUAGACAUCUCGGUACUCAGUGUGAUAUCCACCCAGUUGCAGACCAUCAGAAAUGGUUUGAUAAGGAAACUGGAUCGGUUUGUGUUUGAAGGCGUUGAGAUACAUUUGGAUCCCAAAUGCGGCGUGUUCGUGACCAUGAACCCGGGUUACGCUGGCCGCACAGAGCUGCCCGAAUCCGUAAAGGCCCUAUUCCGUCCAGUGACAUGUAUUAAGCCCGAUCUGGAGUUGAUCUGCUUGAUUUCCCUUUUCUCCGAUGGCUUCCUCACCGCCAAGGUGCUGGCCAAGAAAAUGACUGUGCUGUACUCCCUGGCGCAGGCACAAUUGUCCAAGCAAUGCCAUUAUGAUUGGGGUCUGAGAUCCCUUAACUCCGUGCUGCGGAUGGCAGGUGUGAUGAAACGCCAGUCGGAGGAUCUGCCCGAGGCUGUGGUCCUGAUGCGAGUGCUGCGCGACAUGAACUUCCCCAAGUUUGUGUUCGAGGAUGUGCCUCUGUUUCUCGGUCUCAUCAAGGACCUGUUUCCGGGCAUUGAUUGUCCGCGCAUUGGUUAUCCAGACUUUAAUGCCGCCGUGCGUCAUGUGCUGGUCAACGAUGGCUACAUACUGCUGCCCGACCAGGAGGACAAAGUGGUGCAAAUGUACGAGACCAUGAUGACCCGGCACUCGACCAUGUUGGUGGGCCCAACAGGUGGCGGGAAAACUGUCGUCAUAAAUGCCCUGGUCAAGGCGCAGACCCACAUGGGCCUGCCCACCAAGUGCCUUGUGCUUAACCCCAAGGCCUGUUCUGUGAUUGAAUUAUACGGUUUUUUGGAUAUGGAAACGAGGGACUGGAUUGAUGGAUUGUUUUCAAAUAUAUUCCGUGAAAUGAAUAAGCCCAUCGAGCGUGAGGAGCGACGAUACGCCUGCUUCGAUGGAGAUGUGGAUGCCCUCUGGAUCGAAAACAUGAACUCGGUGAUGGAUGAUAACAAGCUGCUGACGCUGGCGAACGGCGAGCGCAUUCGUCUGGAGAACUACUGUGCCCUGCUGUUCGAGGUGGGCAAUCUGAAUUAUGCCUCGCCAGCGACGGUCUCCCGGGCAGGAAUGGUUUACGUGGAUCCGAAGAAUCUGCGCUACAGUCCGUACUGGCAGCGUUGGGUCUUCAGCCGACCCGAGGCCCAGCGGGAACUGCUUAACGACUUCUUCGAGAAGAUCAUCACACAGUCCAUAGCCUUCAUUCUGGAGGGUCUGGAUGGCACUACCCAGGGCAAUCCCCUGAAGCUGGUCAUCAUGCAGACGGACCUCAACAUGGUCACGCAGUUCUGCAAUCUCUACGACGCCCUGCUGCCCAAUUACGUAAUGGACAGCAAGAACUACGAUGAGCCCGUGCUGCAGACUUACAAUACGGACAGCUUGGAGUGUUGUUUCCUGCAGGCCGUCUACGGAUCCAUGGGCGCCUGUCUGGUGGAGAAACAUCAGGUCGUAUUCGAUGAGUAUAUGAAGCGUAUUUCCGGCUUCCCGCUGGUACAGGACACCCCGGAGAAUCCCGCUUCUGGCGGACAGUUUCCGCAAAGCAAGCCCACGCUGUACGACUACUUCUGGGACGUCAAGGAGAACGUUUGGAAGGCCUGGGAGUGGGUGGUGCUGCCGUAUACGCAUGACCCGCAGGUGAAGUUCAGCGAGAUCCUGGUGCCCACGGUAGACAACACGCGAACCAACCGAACGCUCAGCCUGAUGAGCGAGAUCAAACGACCCGUUCUGCUUGUGGGCGAGGCAGGAACAUCAAAGACGGCCACCAUCAUGCAAUAUUUGCGCAAUCUCAAUCCGAGUGUCAACGUCAUACUCAAUAUUAAUUUUUCAUCGAGAACCUCGUCGCUGGAUGUGCAGCACACCCUGGAGGCGGCCGUGGAGAAACGCACCAAGGAUACGUACGGGCCCCCGAUGGGCAAGAGAAUUGCCUGCUUUAUUGAUGACAUGAACAUGCCGCAGGUGGAUGAAUAUGGCACUCAGCAGCCAAUUGCCCUGCUGAAGCUAUUCUUCGAACGCGGCGGAAUGUACGACCGCGACAAGGACCUCAACUGGAAGAAAUUUAAGGACCUGACCUUCUACGCGGCCAUGGGAACGGCAGGGGGCGGUCGAAACGAGGUGGAUCCGCGAUUUAUCAGCAUGUUCUCCACCUACAACAUCGUGUUCCCCAACGAUGAGUCCCUCAUCCAGAUCUACUCCUCCAUCUUCAAGGGUCACAUGCAAUACGUGAAGUUCCAGGACCAAUACAUGCUCAUCGCCGACAUGAUUGUCCAUAUGACGCUGAAACUUUUUAAGAUGGUGAUUGUGGAUCUGCCGCCAACCCCCUCCAAAUUUCAUUACAUCUUCAAUCUGAAGGAUCUGUCGCGCAUCUUCGCCGGAUUGCUGCUGAUCGAACCCACUUGUUUCAAGAGCCUGAGGGACUUGAUCAGGGUGUGGCGCAACGAGUACACCAGGAUCAUCUGCGAUCGGCUGAUUGCCGACAACGACAUCGCAAACGUAAGGCGUAACCUGGCCGUGGAGGUGGGCGAGCGUUUUCCGCCAUCCUUCGAGGAGGAGCAUGGGUUUAUUGAUGCAGUGGCGGCGGAGGCAGAGGCGCAGGCUCGUCUUCUCUACGAGCCGUCCAAGGGAGAAUUAGACGCCGGUGAGGAGGAGGGCGAGGAGGAAGAAGAGGGUGAAGAGGCACCACAGGUGAUUCUUUCACUCAAGGAUUACGUCCUGCGGGAUCCGCUGCUCUUCGGGGACUUCCGCAACUUCACCAACGAAUCGGAGGCUCGAUUGUAUGAGGAUCUGCUGGACUACAACUCAGUUUACUUUCUGUUCACCGAGAUCCUCGAGGAGUACUGCGAACGGAAGCAAAAGAUGACUCUAGUUCUGUUCGAGGACUGUUUGGAGCAUUUGACUCGAGUUCAUCGCACACUGCGUAUGAAUCGCGGACAUGUGCUGCUCAUUGGAGUCGGCGGCAGUGGCAAGAAGUGCAUCACCCGCCUGGCCGCUUUUGCCGCCGAAUGCGAUGUCUUUGAGAUCACCAUUUCACGUGGCUAUAAUGAAGCCGCCUUCCGCGAGGACCUCAAGGUCCUGUACACCUUGGCGGGCGUAAAACGGAAGAAGGUCGUCUUCUUGUUUACGGGAGCACAGGUGGCAGAAGAGGGUUUCCUGGAGUUGAUCAACAACAUCCUGACGGUGGGUCAAGUACCAGCACUGUUCCCAGAUGAAGAUAAGGAUGGUAUUGUUAAUCAAGUUCGCAAGUUUGCAGAAGAAGAUGGAGUUUCUGCCUCUAAAGACGCGGUUUGGGGCUACUUCCUGCGCACCUGUGCGGAAAACCUGCACGUGGUCCUCUGUAUGUCUCCGGCUGGCGAUGCGCUGCGCAAUCGUUGCCGCAACUUCCCGGGCCUCAUUGGCAGUACCUACAUAGACUGGGUGUUCCCGUGGCCACGACAGGCGUUGUAUGCGGUGGCCAAGCUCUUCCUCACCGAGCACCGCUUGAUUCCGGCCACUCAUCGAGAGGCCAUCGUUGAACAUGUGGUCCAUGUCCACACCACUAUACAGCAGUACUCGAAGGACUAUCUGGCCAAACUGAGGCGAAACAACUUCGUCACGCCCAAACAUUAUCUGGACUAUAUAAACACUUAUAGAGGAUUGCUGGAGGAGAAGGCAAAGUUUAUCACCCAGCAACGUUCGCGUCUCGGCGAAGGCAUCAAAAAAAUCGAGGAGGCUUCCGUGCAAAUCGACGAGCUGCGUAUUAUAGUCACGGAGCAGAAGAAGAACGUGGCCGUCGCCUCGGAAGAAUGCGAGGCCAUGCUGGUAACCAUCGAGUCGUCCACGCAGAAGGCCAACGUCAAGAAGGCUGAGGCGUCGGAGAAGUCCGUUGAGGUGGAGAUAAAGGGCAAACAGAUUGCCAUUGAAAAGGACGAGGCCGAGGAGAUCCUGGCCGAGGCGAUGCCAGCCCUCGAGGAAGCCAGGUUAGCUCUAUCCCAACUGGAAAAGGCGCAGAUCACCGAGAUCCGAUCCUUUGCCACGCCCCCGGCCGCCGUGCAGGUGGUCUGUGAGUGUGUGGCCAUUCUUAAGGGCUACAAGGAGAUCAAUUGGAAGAGUGCCAAGGGUAUGAUGAGCGACGUGAACUUCCUCAAGAGCUUGAUGGAGAUGGAUUGUGAAGCGUUGACCCAGAAGCAGAUAACCACGUGCCGGCAGCACAUGAAAACUGGAAACCUGGACGACAUGGCCAAGAUCUCCGUUGCCGGUGCGGGUCUCCUUAGAUUCGUAAGGGCCGUGCUGGGCUUCUUCGAUGUGUACAAGGAGGUGAAGCCAAAGAAGGAACGCUUGGACUUCCUUGUGGAAGAACAAGAUGUGCAGAUCAAGCUGCUGAACCACUUAAACUCCGAAAUCCAGAAGCUGGAGGAGAAGCUGAACCAGUUGAACGAGAACUAUGCCACGUCGAUGAAACAAAUGCGUGCCCUCACCGAGAUGAUGCAACAGGCGGAGCGGCGCCUGAUCGCCUCCGACAAGCUGAUCAGCGGCCUGACCUCCGAGUUGAUCCGCUGGAGCAAGGAGAUGGCCAGUCUGGGUCAGCAGCUGAUCGACAGCGUUGGCGUAUGCCUGAUCAGUGCCUCCUUUUUGGCCUACACCGGUGCAUUUACCUGGGAGUUCCGCAAAGCGAUGGUCUUUGACGAUUGGUUGGAGGACAUUGUGGCUUUGGGAAUUCCUAUACAGCUACCAUUCAAGAUAGAUGGCUAUCUCACCACUGACGUGGAGAUCUCGCAGUGGAGCAACGAGGGUCUGCCGCCGGACGAGCUGUCCAUCCAGAACGGCAUCCUCACCAUGCGUGCCUCUCGCUUCCCGCUUUGCAUCGAUCCCCAGCUGCAGGCGUUGCAGUGGAUUCGCAAAAGGGAGUUUCGCAACAACCUAAAAGUGCUCUCCUUCAGUGACUUUGACUUCCUUAAGCAGCUGGAGAUGGCCAUCAUGUACGGGGUGCCCGUUCUCUUCGAGGAUGUGGAUGAUUACAUAGACCCGGUGAUCGAUGACAUCCUGCAGAAAAACAUUCGCAUUCAAGGUGGGCGAAAGUUCGUCAUGCUGGGAGACAAGGAGGUGGACUGGGAUCCCGGCUUUCGGGUCUACCUGACCACCAAGUUCUCCAAUCCCAAGUUCGACCCGGCUGUAUACGCCAAGGCACUGGUUAUAAACUAUACGGUGACCCAAACAGGACUAGAGGAUCAGCUGUUGAGCGUGGUGGUGGGCACUGAGCGACCGGAUCUGGAGGCUCAGCGCGAGUCCUUGAUCGCGCAGACCAGUGAGAACAAGCAGCUGUUGCAGCAGCUGGAGGAUUCUCUGCUCCGAGAGCUGUCCACAUCAACGGGCAACAUGUUGGAUAACGUGGAACUCAUCGAGACUCUGGAGAACACCAAGACCAAGGCGGGCGUCGUCAUGGAGCAACUGAAACUAGCAGCGGACACGGCGGCAGACAUUGAGGUUUUGCGAAAUGGAUAUCGUCCGGCGGCCAAGCGCGGAGCGGUACUCUUCUUUGCCCUCUCGGACAUGGCCACUGUUAAUAGCAUGUACCAGUAUGCAUUGGCUGCUUACCUAGACGUCUUUGUCUACUCACUGCGCAAAGCUGUGCCGGAUGCCAGUCUCAACAAGCGGCUGAACAACAUCAUUAAGACCCUGACGGAGAAUGUGUACUGUUACGGCUGCACGGGCAUCUUUGAACGGCACAAGCUGCUCUUCUCCUUCCAAAUCGCCACCAAGCUCGCCCAGCGGGAUGGCAUCCUGCUGCAAUCGGAGCUGGACUUCUUCAUCAAGGGCAGCAUUGCGCUGACCAAGAGCGAACGCGCCAAUCCCUGCAAGUGGCUGAGCGACAAGAGCUGGGAGGAUGUGCUCAAGUUGAGCUUCGAUUUCCCGGAAACUUUCGGCACCCUGCCAGACCACUUUGGUCGCUAUCUGACCGAAUGGAAGGAGUGGUUCGACUUGGAGAAUCCUGAGGAGGUGGCGUGUCCGGGCGACUACAACAUCAAAUGCAAUGCAUUCCAGAAAUUAAUGUUCCUUCGCUGCUUCCGCGUGGAUCGCAUUUUCCGGAGUAUAAAUCAAUAUAUCGUGGAAACGAUGGAUGAGUUCUAUAUCAUGCCGCCUGUGGUGAGCUUUACGGCCAUUUACGAACAGACCUCUAGCACGAUUCCGGUGUGCUUUGUUCUGAGUGCCGGUUCGGAUCCGACCAACGAUCUGAUCAAGCUGGCGGAUACUAUUGUUGGUAUGUCCAAUUUCUGCCACAUUUCGCUGGGACAGGGCCAGGAAAAGGCCGCCCUUCGCCUACUCGAUGGAGCUGUCAAACAGGGAAUGUGGCUGAUGCUGCAGAAUGGACACCUGCUCAUCAGAUUCGUCCGAGAGCUGGAGAAGUAUUUGGACCGCAUCGAAAAUCCGCAUCCGGACUUCAGACUGUGGAUAACCACGGACCCCACGCCGACUUUCCCCAUUGGAAUUCUUCAGAAGUCUUUAAAGGUGGUUACUGAGCCACCCAACGGCCUGAAGUUGAAUCUGCGCUCCACGUACUUCAAAGUGCGCCAGGAGCGCCUCGAGAGCUGCUCUCAUGUAGCCUUCCGACCGCUGGUCUAUGUGCUGGCCUUCUUCCAUGCCGUCGUCCAAGAGCGUCGCAAGUACGACAAACUGGGCUGGAAUAUAGCGUACGAUUUCAACGACACGGAUUUCGAGGUGUGCACCGAAAUCCUGCGGACAUAUCUAACACGCUGUGGCACCGGGAAGAUACCUUGGAACAGUUUGAAGUACCUAAUUGGCGAGGUGAUGUAUGGAGGACGGGUCAUUGACGAUUUCGACCGGCGCAUUACCAACUGCUACAUGAACGAGUAUAUGGGGGACUUUCUGUUUGAUGAGUUCAAAGUGUUCCACUUCUAUGAGGACGAAAACGUGGACUACUGCCUGCCGGAAGAGGACACCAUACUGAAGGAGGACUAUAUAGCGCACAUCGACAAACUGCCGCUGGUCAACAAGCCGGAUGUAUUUGGGUUGCAUCCGAACGCGGAAAUCGGUUAUUACACAAUGGCGGCACGCAACAUUUGGAACAGUUUGAUUGAGCUGCAGCCGCAGACUGGUGAGGGAACUGGAGGAAUAAGCCGCGACGACUUCAUCGACUCGGUGGCAGCCGGCAUACUGAAGAAGCUGCCACCCGCCUUUGAGACUUGGCGCAUUCGCAAACAGAUCCAGAUGAGCCUGUCACCCACCGGGGUGGUCCUUCUCCAGGAGCUGGACCGCUUUAAUCUGCUGGUCGUGCGGAUCAAGAAGACCCUGGAGCUGCUCCGCAAGGCCAUUGCCGGCGAAAUCGGCAUGGACAAUGUGCUGGACAACAUUGCCAACUCGUUGUUCAAUGGCCUCCUGCCAGCCUCGUGGAGCAAACUGGCGCCGGCGACAUGCAAACAGUUGGCCAGCUGGCUGGAGCAUUUGCGGCUCCGGGCCGUGCAAUACAAAUACUGGACGCUCUCUGGCGAGCCCCUGGUCAUGUGGCUGUCGGGACUGCAUAUACCGCAGAGUUAUCUCACGGCCCUCGUGCAGAUUGCCUGCCGCCGCAACGCCUGGCCGCUGGAUCGUUCUACGCUUUUCACCUACGUAACCAAGUUUGCGGACCCCGAUGAUGUGGAGGAGCGUCCUGUGACGGGCUGCCUUGUGCACGGUCUGUACAUCGAGGGCGGGCGCUUUGACUUGGGCGCUAAUCAGCUGGCGCGUUCCCAUCCCAAGGUCCUGGUCGAGGAGCUGGCCAUUCUCGCCGUGGAGCCCAUCGAGGCGCACCGUCUCAAGCUGCAGAAUACCUACCUUGCCCCUGUUUAUACGACAUCGUUAAGGAGAAAUGCCAUGGGAGUGGGUCUGGUCUUUGAGGCGAAUUUGGCCACUUCCGAGGAUUUAAGUCACUGGAUUCUGCAGGGCGUCUGUCUGACACUCAAUACGGAUACCUAAAAUUCCAUAAACAAGAAGACUAAGCAUUAUUCAUAUUAAUUAUUCGUAGCCGAAUUAUUUGUACAACAUUCCAGUACUUCCGUGUAAUUAAAUGUUUACAUCUUAGCUGU